GCUUGUUCCCCCACUCUGGGCCUCACCCACCUUCUCGCCCGCAGGUGGAGGAUGCGCUUUCUUACCUGGACCAGGUGAAGAUCCGCUUUGGCAGCGACCCCGCCACCUACAACGGCUUCCUGGAGAUCAUGAAGGAGUUCAAGAGCCAGAGCAUUGACACACCUGGAGUAAUCCGACGGGUUUCACAGCUUUUCCAUGAGCAUCCCGACCUCAUUGUAGGAUUCAACGCUUUCCUCCCUCUGGGCUACAGGAUAGAAAUUCCAAAGAAUGGGAAGUUAAGCAUACAGUCACCUUUGAAUAGUCAGGUGCCCCCGGAGCCGGUGCCCAGUGCCCUCCCUGGCAGCGGGCUCUUGUUGCAUUACUCCCAGGAGAACUCACACAACCACAGCGACUGCUCCGAGGAGUUUAGGCAACAGCUGCCCUACAAAGAAGACAAAUCCCAAAUUCCCCUGGAGUCUGAUUCUGUAGAGUUCAAUAAUGCUAUCAGUUACGUGAAUAAGAUCAAAACACGUUUCCUUGACCAUCCAGAAAUUUAUAGAUCCUUUUUGGAAAUCCUUCAUACUUACCAGAAAGAACAGCUCAACACUAAAGGCCGACCCUUUCGGGGCAUGUCAGAAGAAGAAGUUUUUACAGAAGUAGCAAAUCUGUUCAGGGGACAGGAGGAUCUGCUUUCGGAGUUUGGCCAGUUCCUUCCAGAGGCUAAAAGGUCUUUGUUCACAGGAAAUGGACCGUGUGAAGUGAACAGUGUCCAGAAAACUGAGCAUGAGAAGAAUCUGGAACACAGCAAAAAGCGAUCCAGGCCACUGCUGCUGCGUCCUGUUUCUGGCCCAGCAAAGAAGAAAAUGAAGCUGCGAGGUACCAAAGAUCUGUCAGUAGCGACAGUGGGGAAAUAUGGAACACUGCAGGAGUUCUCCUUCUUCGACAAGGUGCGUCGGGUGCUGAAGAGUCAGGAGGUCUAUGAAAAUUUUCUCCGUUGCAUCGCUCUCUUCAACCAGGAGUUGGUCUCUGGCUCUGAGCUGCUCCAGCUGGUUACACCAUUUUUAGGGAAAUUCCCAGAACUCUUUGCACAGUUCAAGUCCUUUCUUGGUGUGAAAGAGCUUUCAUUUGCUUCUCCUCUGAGUGACCGAUCCGGGGAUGGAAUGAGUCGGGAAAUCGAUUACGCUUCCUGCAAACGCAUCGGCUCGAGCUACCGGGCUCUGCCCAAAACCUACCAGCAGCCAAAGUGCAGUGGGAGAACAGCCAUUUGCAAGGAGGUGUUAAAUGAUACCUGGGUUUCAUUUCCAUCCUGGUCUGAAGACUCCACUUUUGUCAGCUCCAAGAAGACUCCGUACGAGGAGCAGUUGCACCGCUGUGAAGAUGAGCGGUUUGAGUUGGAUGUUGUCCUGGAGACCAAUUUAGCCACAAUACGUGUGCUGGAGAGCGUGCAGAAAAAACUGUCUCGACUGACUCAAGAGGAUCAGGAGAAAUUUCGGCUGGAUGAUUGCUUGGGAGGGACAUCGGAAGUGAUCCAGCGCAGGGCCAUCUAUCGCAUCUACGGUGAUAAAGCACCAGAAAUCAUUGAAAGUCUUAAGAAAAACCCAGUUACUGCAGUUCCUGUUGUUCUUAAGAGGUUAAAAGCAAAGGAGGAGGAGUGGAGGGAGGCCCAGCAGGGCUUCAACAAAAUCUGGCGGGAGCAGUAUGAGAAAGCCUACCUGAAAUCCCUCGACCACCAGGCUGUGAACUUCAAACAGAACGACACCAAAGCUUUGCGCUCCAAGAGCUUGCUGAACGAAAUUGAGAGUGUCUAUGAUGAGCAUCAGGAGCAGCAUUCAGAGGGGAGAAGUUCAUCCACAAACGAGCCUCAUCUUAUCUUUAUCUACGAAGAUAAGCAGAUUUUGGAAGAUGCAGCCUCUCUUAUCAGCUAUUAUGUAAAAAGGCAGCCCACUAUCCAGAAAGAAGAUCAAGCAACCAUUCGGCAGAUCGUCCAUCACUUCAUACCAGAGCUGUUUUUCUCUCAGCCCCCUGAGCACGGUAUUUCUGAAGAAUCAACAGAUGAGGACAGAGAAAACCAUCAGGGGCAGAACCUGGAUACUCCUGAGCUACGGAAAAAGCAUGUGCCUGGGCCUCCGAGCAGUCCUUUGGAGGCCAAAGCGACCUUCUGUGAUGUUACAGCUGCCGAGCCCCACAACACUCUGGAUGAUGUUUACAGUCUGUUCUUUGUCAAUAAUAAUUGGUAUUUCUUCCUCCGCCUUCACCAGACUCUGUGCUCGAGGCUCCUAAAGAUUUAUCGUCAAGCUCAGAAGCAGCUUCUGGAAUAUCGGACUGAAAAAGAGAGAGAGAAACUCCUUUGUGAGGGAAGAAAAGAAAAAACCAAUGAUCCAGCCAUGGAGCUAAGACUGAAGCAGCCAAGUGAGGUGGAACUGGAGGAGUAUUACCCUGCCUUCCUGGACAUGGUGAGGAGUCUGCUGGAUGGGAACAUUGACCCCACGCAGUACGAGGACACGCUGAGGGAGAUGUUCACUAUCCACGCCUAUAUCGGCUUCACCAUGGACAAACUGGUGCAGAACAUUGUCCGCCAGCUUCACCAUCUCGUGAGCGACGACAUCUGCUUGAAAGUGGUUGAGCUCUACUUGAACGAGAGGAAGCGAGGUGCUGCUGGAGGGAACUUGUCCUCCAGGUGUGUCCGGGCAGCAAAGGAGACCAGCUACCAGUGGAAGGCUGAACGUUGCAUGGCAGAUGAGAACUGUUUCAAGGUGAUGUUUCUUCAGCGGAAGGGUCAGGUCAUCAUGACCAUUGAGCUUCUGGAUACGGAAGAAACCCAGACAGAAGAUCCUGUGGAGGUCCAGCACCUGGCAAACUACAUGGAGCAGUACGUUGGGGUGGAAGGAGCCCCGAACAACCAGAACGAUGGCUUCUUACUGAAACCCGUCUUUCUGCAAAGAAACCUCAAAAAGUUCCGCAAGUGGCAAUGUAAGCAGGUGAGAGCUCUGCGGAGCGAAGUGAAGAGCUCCUGGAAGAGGCUGAUUGGGGUGGAAAGUGCCUGCAACGUGGACUGCCGGUUCAAGCUCAACACCCACAAGAUGAUGUUCAUCAUGAACUCGGAGGAUUACAUGUACAGGCGGGGAGCGCUCUGCCGAGCCAAGCAGGUGCAGCCGAUGGUGCUGCUGAAGCACCACCAGCAGUUUGAAGAGUGGCACAACAGGUGGCUGGAGGAGAACGUGACCAUGGAGGCAGUUGACGUGGUUCAAGACUGGCUCAUGGGCGACGAAGACGAGGAGAUGGUGCCCUGCAAAACGACCUGUGAGACGGUGAACGUCCACGGGGUCCCGGUGAACAGAUACAGGGUGCAGUACAGUCGCCGUCCAGCUUCACCCUGAGCAGAGACUCCUUCCCGGGACCAAGACAAGUAGGAGAGUUGCUGGUGAAACACAUUUACUCUGAGAAUAGUGGUGGGAAUGCAAUGUAUGUAUUAAUGAUAUUUAUCCAAACAAGCAUUUUACUUUGGAUUAUGAUGUAUUUUCCAUAUGGCAUAGACUUGUCUCCUUGCAGUGUAAUCCUCCAGCCAUCAUGAAGAGACUCUUAAAAGCUUUAUGGGAAGAGGGCUCUCGGCACCGCCGCACACUUUUUGGGUAGUUUUCCUGCUUUAGGCCACUGCUGACCGGGGAGGACUGCGAGGGGGAGAGGCUCUGGGUGAACUGCCACGAGUGGCUUUGUUGGAGAGAUGGAGCCGGGCCGGUGUUUGAGCAGAUGCUGGCAGCUGCUUCCACUUUGAAGGGUUUAAUGUUGCCAAUCUUCCCCAAUUUAUGCCGUCUGGGAGCCUGCAGAAACUCUUCAGUGUAACCUCCCAGUGCCAGCGGGGCUGAGAGCAGCUGGCACAGAUUUCUAGCCCCACCACGGGCUGCUUCGUUAUCUGUCUCUACUAAUAAGGUGAUGAUUGCAGUAUUUGUUACUGGUGCUCUGCUGAGAAAAAUGCCAAAACUGAGAGAAGGGUGAACUGAACACUCUUAACUCUCACUCAUUAACUAAGUGUUUUGGAGCAUGAACUAAGGGGAGGAAGCUCUGGGCUGCAGCACAAGGUGAGAGAGCCGUUUGUGGCACAGGAGAGCCCGGGCACCGAAUCCCCUGGAGUCACUUUGGGAACUCACAACCUGCUGCAGACUCUGCCUUCUCCGCUCUGGAGCUGCUCGGAGCGUGUGCGUGGGGAGGAAAUACCCAUUGCGAGGUCUGGCCUAUUAUUAUUUUUUAUUAUUAUUAUGAUUAUGAUUUUGUAUUUUGCAUGUUGAUCGGCAGCCUCUGGAGACUGUGUCCUGGGGCGCUUGGCUUUCCUGGUGUGUGCCCGGUUUUGCUGGGUUCUGCCACUUUUGGGUGACAUCAGUAGAUGGAGCUGUCGCAGCGCGGCGUUGGCGCCGGAGCGAGGAUUUUAUCCCAGAUUCUCUGCUGUUCCCUCUGGCUCCACGCUGGAUUCACAGUGACACAUGGAAAUCCACCACCGGCAGCCUCAGAUCCAGCCACCCCAGAGGAGCUUUUCCACUAUCUGUGCAUCUGUCUGAGCUUUCCUCAAAUGAAACCUAACCAAGACCCUACCCCGGACCGUGCGGAACGCCACGGCGAUGUCUGACUGAAUCUAUUGAAAAAUCAAGACAAUUCAGUUGUGUCUGUCCCACAGCCCCACCGUGACUUCACUCUUGUUUUCCAGGGGCCGAGGACAAGCACGCUGCAAACAUCAUGUGGGGAGGCAGGGCCAGCCUCCUUCCAGCUCUGCCUCCAGCUUUUUCCUGGCUUUUGGGGGAAUAACCCCCCCACCCCCCCCGAUAUUUUCUGUGGCUUUGAUCUUUAGGUUAUACAUCGUUCUGCCAGACCUAAGUAGCAGCCUGUAGGAUUUGUCCUGGGUUCUUUCCACUGUACAGCGUUUGGUUUCGCAAUUGUCUCACUUGACAGCAGAAAAAAUUGGCCUUUGGGGCACGUUUAAUAGAAAACUCUACUGACUCUUUUCUUUUGUCUUUUUUUUUUUGUUUUUGCAAAAUAAUCCGUAGGAGGGAAGGAGGGAGGCCAGGCUCUGGCAUUCGUGGCCACUUGCACAACCACUGCCAGCGGAGGACUUUUCAUCAAGAGCUCAUGUUCUCCUUGUCUGGGUCUGUUGGGUUUUGGUUACUGAAAUGGUGGGAAGGUCCUUCCUUCUCUUGUUCUUGUUGCAGUGAGAGAAGAAACCGAGAGGGGAGCUGGGGGAUGACCCCGGUGCAAAGCACAGCAUCCCCCCUUUUUUUGCUUCCAGACAGCUCAACAAAACACACCUGCCUCCUGCUCCCCUCUCUGCUGUCUGCCGGUGGAGAUGACAACUGUGCCAAAUUUUAUGGUUUUAUGAUACA